AUGACUUUUGCAGAACUUUUAGAGCUGGUCGGCAGUAUGGGCCGUUUCCAAAUUAUCCAUGUUAUGUUACUGGUCCUGCCAAUAUUACUGAUGGCCAGCCACAACAUCCUGCAAAACUUUACCGCUGCUACCCCUGGGCACCACUGCCAUAUUGCCAUUGUUGCUAACUACACUUGUGAUGACAACUUUACUGACGUCCUAUAUUGCCAGGAGCUCCUCAGGAUCUCCAUCCCCGUGGAUGGGAACCAGCAGCUGGAGAAGUGUCUCCGAUUCAUCUCUGCCCAGUGGCAGCUCCUAGACCCAAAUGCCACAACAACCAAUGGGACUGAAAUGGACACGGAGCCCUGUAUGGAUGGAUGGAUCUAUGACAAGAGUGUUUUCACCUCCACCAUCAUCACCGAGUGGGAUCUCGUGUGUGGCUCACGGACAUUGAAACAGAUGGCUCAGUCGAUCUAUAUGGCGGGAGUCCUGGUGGGAGCGAUUGUGUUUGGAAGUCUCUCUGACAAGUUUGGACGGAAGUCACUCUUGAUCUGGUCCUGUCUGCAAAUGGCCAUCGCUGGCUCUUGCACUGCUUUCUCAUCUAACUUUACCAUAUACUGCGUUUUCCGCUUCCUGACUGGAAUGGCUCUGUCAGGGAUCAACCUCAACUGUGUGUCCCUCUCUGUGGAGUGGACCCCCACCAAACUCCGGGCAGCAGUUGGCAUGGUGACAGGAUAUAGCUACAGCAUCGGGCAGUUCAUUCUGGCUGGGCUAGCCUAUGUCAUCCCGGAUUGGCGCUGGCUGCAGCUGGCUGUUUCGGUGCCCUAUUUCAUCUUCUUCUUCUAUGGCUGGUGGUUCACAGAGUCGGCCCGCUGGCUUGCAACAGCCGGCAAACUGAACCAGGCAUUAAAGGAGAUGCAGAAAGUGGCACGAAUAAAUGGGCGAAAGGAAGAAGGGGACAAACUCAGCAUAGAGGACUUGAGAGCCAGCCUGCAAAAAGAAAUGUCCUCAGCCAAAUCCACCCACACAGCUGCCGAUCUGGUGCGCACAGAGUCUGUACGUAGGAUAUCCUGCUGCCUGUGCUUCGUAUGGUUCUCCACCAGCUUUGCCUAUUAUGGGCUGGCCAUGGAUCUGCAGAAUUUUGGGGUCAGCAUUUACCUCAUCCAAGUGGUAUACGGAGCUGUCGACAUCCCUGCAAAGCUGAUUGGUUUCUUCAUGAUCAGUUUCAUUGGCCGGAGAGUCACCCAGGCUUCUGCUCUCAUCCUCGCAGGGCUUGCGAUCCUGGCCAACAUAUUUGUGCCACAAGAUCUGCAGACCCUGCGCACUCUUUUGGCUGUGUUUGGAAAAGGUUGCCUGGCUGCCUCAUUCAACUGUGCCUUCCUCUAUACAGGAGAGCUCUACCCCACCGUGAUUAGACAGACCGGAAUGGGGUUUGUGAACACCCUGGCUCGGGUGGGCGGCAUAGUGGCCCCGCUUGUGCAAAUGACCAGUGAGUACUUGCCGUCCCUGCCGCUGAUCAUCUAUGGAGCUGCCCCUAUUGUAUCCGGCAUCACCACCUGCUUCCUACCUGAGACACGUAACAUGCCAUUGCCGGACACCAUAGAAGACGUUGAGAGGCAGAGAAGGUCCAGAGUGAUUACAGAUGUAGGACGGGAAGACAAGGUUCCGCUGAAAGCCUCCAGAUUGGAACCACUCAAGGAAAUCAUUUAA